AUGGCAUUUUACAACGAGCAAAUUGUUCCGAAGCCCGUCGACGAGGAUUAUCAACCUUUUUCCGCUGUCGAAGAGCAACUCGCUCCUGGUGAGGAGGUCUACGACAUCAAGCAAGAAUUCGUCGAUGAUGCUUACAUCCAAGAAGAUCUUGGCCAAGGCAAAAUCGCGUCUCCAUCUUCUGACGACGAGAGCACAGUUUUCAACUCUACCACUGAUCAAGUUUCAAGCGAUGAGGAAGCUUACGAUAUCAAGAAAGAGUUCGUGGGGACAUGUUACGAGGAUCUGCCAGCCAUCAAGACCGAGCCCGUUUCCGACUAUGAAUGUGACAAUCCCGAGGAUUCUGAUUACGAUGCUACCCUGGACGAGCCUGAUUCGACUGACGCUACGUUGGAGGAGCCGUCUACUUGCGAAGAGCUCGAGGAGCUUGAAGUUGUGGAGCCUAUGAAAACUGUCAACCCGGUCGAGGCCGCUGAAACUUCUUCAGGCGAACUUCCGGAAGAUCUUGAGCCGGGAAAUUCUCCCGUCGCUACAUCAACUCCGCGAAAACCCUCAUCUUCUUCCCCGUCAGCCCUGCCCUCGCCUCCAUCUUCUCCAUCCAAGAUCGCGCUCCCGAUCCCCUACAUCCCAGUUCUCCUACCACCGAAGAAGCGAAACAACGAGAACUCCGAAAACCCUGGAACGGAAAAGUACACCGAGUUGCUCCGACGCCGCGUGGAAAUUAAGCUCUUCGAGAAGCUCGACGCAAACCUCCUGUCUUCAAUGCCCUUGUCUCCACGAACGAAAAAAGACAUCAAGACUCUGCGAUCGACCCUUCGAUACUGUCACCAGCGCCAGUUGUACUCCGACAUAGAAACAGUCGAAGGAAAAUACAUGAACGACCUUUCCGAGUAUCAAGUCCGUCAAUAUCGAAAACGAAAAGCUCAUCAGCUCGAGAAGAUUGCUGCGAAAAGAAUGAGGAAGGGCUGUUAA